GUCGUUCAGAUGCACUGCGGAAAUGCACAUGGUUUCUAGUUGUUUCUUGCUGGACGGUACAGCUGCUAGACUCAGCACGUUAACAGAUUGAAUAAAACAUAAUUCGAUAUGUUUACGGUAGAAUGGGCAAAUCCAGAAUGAGUUAAUUUAGUAAAAACUUAGGAAUGGAUUUUAGGUUCGGCUGGUCUCCUGGCAAUGGAUGACGUGUGAUUGUUUACCAGGUUAUUUUUAUGUUUUAUUUGCAAGCGUAUUGCGUUUUCUUUGUCCAAAAAAAUAUCCAGACUUAUAAUGCAAAACAAGUGGAGUAUCAAAUUUGGAGUGGCAAUCACUUUUUGGCUUUUCAGUCUUCAUCUCAUAUCUGCCCACAAUGUGAAGUCUCCAACAGCUCUGUCUAUCAAAGAAAGUUCAGGUGAUUAUAACAAGGGAGAAGAAACACCGUUUGAGAAUGAGGAUCCUGAAGAUCUGGAGGUGUUUAGACCUACAGACAAGUGGCAAACUCUCAAACCAGGUCAAGCAGUUCCAGCAGGCUCUCAUGUCAGACUGAAUCUUCAGACUGGCCAAAGAGAGGUCAAGAUGGGAGAAGAGGAAGGUCUCAAAUACUGGAAAGAUGGAAACAGGCAAGGGAUGAUGAACAUGCACAGCCCUUCAUUCACAGCUGAGGAGCUGAAAGAGGCUCUGAAAAAAAUUAAAGAAGGAAUGGAUGAUGCUGUGGACACAAAACAAGAGGAAGAUGCAGUGAAGGCCCAAUUUCGCCCCAUCGAAGAGCUGAAAAAAGACAUGAAGGCACUUGACAUGCUUGUAGAGACAGAUGUUCAAGUUAUGAGGAAACUUUUAAACCAAUUCAAUAAUACUAACAGCACAACUGAUGAAAAAGUUACAGCUCUUUUUGAACUGGAGUACCUUGUGCACCAGGUAGAUAAUGCCCAAAAUUUGGUGUCCAUGGGAGGAAUGCAAUUGGUUAUAAAUGCAUUAAACAAUACAGACAUUCGUCUCCAGGAGAGUGCUGCUUUUGUGCUCGGAUCUGCUGUUUCAAGUAAUCCAUCAGUGCAAGUAGAGGCAGUAGAAGGCGGUGCGUUACAGAAGCUGCUGACAUUGCUUGCCACUCAGCGACCAAUGGCAGUUAAGAAAAAGGUGUUAUUUGCCGUGGCCUCACUACUCCGUCACUUCCCGUUUGCUCAAAGUCACUUUCUAAAGCUUGGUGGUGUGCAGGUACUUAGUGAACUGUUUCAAACCCCAGGGGCAGAGGUCCUCCGUGUGAGAAUCAUCACAGUUCUCUACGAUAUGAUCAUUGAGAAGGAGCUGAUAUCACAGGUGGGAAUGGACAUUAUACCAGAUUCCUCUCACCAGGAACGUUUACGACAAUAUGCUGAAGUCUCCCUCCUGCCCGUGUUGGUGGAGCAGGGGUGGUGCAGCCUGGUGCCUGAGCUUUUAGCGUCACCUGAGCACGACUGGAGAGAGAAGGCUCUGCGAACUCUGCUUGCCAUGAUGGCUCAAUGUCACGCUCAGUAUAAACGGAAUCCCUCAUUGACAGCUUCUCUGAGUGAACUGCAAAAACAAUACCAAGAACUGGUGCUCACAGAGCAGGAUGUAGGGGAGCAGGACGGUUACUUUGGAGAGAUCCUGGCACUUGUGGACUCUAUGGUGGUUAAAAUGCAACAGGUGUAAAAUGGGGCUGCUACCUUCUUGGAACAUGAAGAACUAAUAAAAUGAUUGAAUUUUGAA